CACUGCAUUGCUCUUCAUUUCUCUAAGCGCAUUCAACUGAUCUUCUGGAUCAUUUACCUGUACUCUCAUCCGAUACACAAUGCGGUUGACUUGGACGUUUCGCGUUCCGUUUGCCCAGCACACUGCGCGAGCAAGCAACUUCCUCGGAGCGCGUUUCUCCCCUCAUGCGGCCCGUCCAGCCCAUUGAAUAAAGUAAAAUCGACAAUGGGCAAGAGAGAAUGCGUUACGCAACGGCUCUUCAUUGGGUCGCUGGUUCAAUGUCAUGGGGCUGCGGCACUUUUCUCUGCGCCUUGUGCUUCAGAUUGUGCGUGAUCGCUGGCAGGGAUGAUGGGAUUGCCGAACACGAACGGCAGCUCGUGGGUCAUUCCGUGAAUCCCUUCAACACCAAUUCACGUCGCCCAAUCGCGAUUUUCGCUCUCGAGUCUCUGAAUAACUCGAAAUAUUGUCACCCGAGAGCACAUAAUCUUCGAAGUCGAGUAUCUCGAUGCUGA